AUGCUGGUUUUCGUGUUUGGCUCACAUGGAAUUGGCCAAAAUUACUACACGUUGAUUUCUGAAGUUUUUCCCCGAGCGCCAAGUACCAUCGACACCGCUUUUACCGUAAAUGUGGGCGACUACAACAAAAACGGUCAUGAAAAUUUUACCUACCUCAUCAAGGGUCACUUUGUUUGGAAAUAUUAUUUUCACUAUAGUUCUCAGCAGUUUCAGUUGGCGAUUGGAUAUCCUAGGUACAAAUUAAAAGACUUUCCUCACUCACCGGACUUUGUCCAAACGGCAUUUCAUACGGAUGGAAAAACCUAUCUCCUUGAUCGUGAUUCCUACGUCGAAUAUGAAUACAACUGUGAGCGAUCAACUUUCAAGCUUUUGACAAAAAGCAGCUCGAUUCACACUUCGAAGUACUUCCGGAAAUUGCCAAGAGAUACUUCCGUCGACGCUGUUUAUGACAGUGGUAAUGGUUACUUGAAUAUCUUGGCAGGCAAAGAUUGGUACAUCGUAGAUCCCACUGGUGACAUAACAGAAACGUUCAAGACAGCUACUUUUUUCGGGUGUGAUGUGGUGUUUGGGCCAGACAGACGCAAGCACUCGCCUCACAGACACAAGCACUCGCCUUACAGAGGAAAGCACUCGCCCCACAGGCGCAAGCAUUCACACCACAAACGCAAGAAAUAUUCACACAAGAAGCAUAGAAAGAGUCCGAAGCGAGACAGGCACCGAAGGAAAAGUCCCUAUAAGAGGGGAAAGCACUGA